AUUCAAAAAUAUGGUUUGCUCACACAGAGCACAGAGCUGAAUAUCUCUGUUGGGCUUAUCAAAAAUACUCAUUUAAUUAAUUUAAACAACAUGAUCCUUGUGCAUGUUUUUUUCCAUCCUUAAAUGAUCCUUCUCCAUCAUUAUUAAAAGAAAAUCCUCCUGGAAAAUCAGUGAAAUGCUGCUUAAAUGACAAGUGUAUCCAGCUUUAUAGAAGAUUCUGAUAGUGUGUCCAGUGAACUUUUCUGAUCUUUAAGGAAUGUAACAAACCCAAAAACUUAAGUAAACCUGAUAAAAUGUGAUUAUAUGGUUAUUGUUAUCAACUGUAAAUAACACUUUGAUGUGGGAAAGAUUUGAGAUUUGGGAACGUUUCACACGGCUUCUGGUUCAGCAGUCAAAUAAUGUUAUAUAAUUAAAAAAACGGUUAUCCAGUGUUUCCAGGGCAGUGUGAUAGGGUUCACAUAAAGAAAAAAAAAAGAAAAAAACCUUCUGGUACAGACUGUCCACCUCCGGUUUAAAUCCAAAUACAAAAACAGAUGUUUUGAACACUAAACAAAUACAGAUGCAAGUACAGAUAAUAGCAUUGUAUUGCACCCUUAAAUUAAACACCUUUGUUAGUGAGUUAACAAUUAUAGUGUUCCAUGUCUGUUCUUCUAAAAAAAAUUAUCUACAAUGACCUACAGAUACACUGGUUAUGAAGCUAGUGAAAUUUUUAUACUUGUCACGAGGAGUGAUUAAAUAUGUAUAAAUGAGGGACUCAAAGGUGUCCACUAAUGCACAGCUUUGUGUGUCCACUAAUGCACAGCUUUGUGUGUCCACUAAUGCACAGCUUUGUGUGUCCACUAAUGCACAGCUUUGUGUGUCCACUAAUGCACAUCUUGUGGAGGAGCUCAUGUGUACAUAUAUAAAAAUGUAGCUCAUGUGAACAUAUAUAAAAAUAAUAUUUGCUAAUACCAGUGCAAAACAAAAAACACUGAUCUAGAGUGAUGUUGAAAGAAAUGCUGUUUUUUUUUUUUUUUUUACUUUGGGAGAAGUGAUCGAUGGGUUUUGGUGUUAACACAAAAAAGUCACAUUUUUAAUUGUUAUCAAGAGUGCAAAACAGUUGGUGUGCAUCAUUCUCCAUGGUCAUGCUGUUGCAAACAUGUACACCUGUCUUAGCUACAGUAGUCAGGCAGCAGAGACAGCGACAACAGCAGACAAUGCUUUUAUUUAAAAGAACUCGUAAUAGCAAACAAAUCCAAACCAUGAGGCACAGAUCAAAAAUACAAACCAGGCAAUGAGUCAGACAAUGAGCAAACAGAGCAUCCAAGAGCAAGGCAUGAAUCAAAAACCUAUGAAGCAAGCAAGGGUCAAAAGCAGUAAUGACAAACAUGAACUAAAGGCUUGGUACAUCAGGGGAAAACUCAGAACCGAACGAAUAGUGAGGGUGCAUAUAUUGCGUGUGUGCAAUCAGUAAUCGGGUCUCUGUAAACAUGACAUUGAAGGUGGUGUGUGGGUGCUGUAGUCCAGAGUGUCCGUAUUUGUAUGCGGAGGUGCAUUGUGGGAAAUGGAGUUCAGUUACAACAGUCCAUUAAAAAGUUAUUAGCACCAAAAAGACAAAUGUUAGACAUGUUUAGAAGUAAGCUUAUAUAACUUAUGCAGAAAUUUGGGUGAGCCGUACCUUCUGAUAUAUUUAUAACCACAAAGAUUCAACUGUAGCCAAACAUUUAAUAACAUAUUUGUAAAAAUGUGAUGCAUCAAUUAAUGGAUGGAAUGGUGAGAGGUUUGGCUGCAUAAUGACAGACUGGCAUUCAGACAUCCAAAGGUGUGUGUGUGUGUGUGUGUGUGUGAGGCCAAACAGGUUCAUAAUUUGACCUUGUUAGGGUUGCCUUGUUUGGUUUCUAGGUUAGGCAAACACUCAUUGUGAUAUUUUUCAAGCCUUCUCUACCAUUUCACAUUUGUUCAUGGAGGAAUAAUGGACUUGUAGUUUCUCAGAUUAUUGUUUCUCAGACCUGUCGCAGUGCUUUGAUACUUUUUAAACCUUAAUGACACCUGCCUUUUUUUUAAAAUUUAGUAGCAGUUUAGCUUCAUAAUUUUUUUUUGGUAUUCAAUUUGUAUUUCCCGUAUGCAAUAAUUUUUUAAUUAUGAUGUGUAGUAGUUGUAAAUUGUACAUAAUGUCUUAAUAAUCUACCAGUUAUGUAUAAAACAAAGUGCUACUGUUCUACAGUCAUUGUAUGUUGAGUGGAGGGGGCAGUUUGACUCACUCCUGCCAGUGUGGGAUUAUCUUUGCAUGUGUUCGGGGUAGGUUUUAUUUCUGCAGUAGCAACGCUAUGGACUGCAAGAGGAUCUUAAGGCUGCUGGUUGCCUUCCUGGUUGUGCUCGCUGGAGCAAAGCUGUUUUUCCACAGUCGAAGAACAGAAAUUGGAGAAUACGCAAACAUCAAGAAGUAUGUCACAAUGCCAGGUCACUUCUGGCUGCCAGAGCGUACAGCUGGACGCAGCAACUUGCUUGUGCCACCAACCCGUAAAAAGAAUAAGGAGAAGUCAGGGGACCAGAAGACUGCCAUUCAUCCAAAGCUGGAAGUAAAAAGCUCAGUAAAAUUCCCAGUGAAAAUGUACACAGGCCCUCUCCGUGUAGUACACUUAGAUCUUAAGGGUGCUGCACCCAAAGUCAGUUAUUUUCAGCAGAUCUUUCCACUAAUCUCCAGUCUUGGUGCUGAUGGGAUUUUGGUGGAGUAUGAGGAUAUGUUUCCCUAUGAAGGGGACCUUGAAGUUCUCAGGUCACCUUUUGCAUACAGCGUGGAUGAAAUAGAAGAAAUUAAGAACCUGGCCAGCCUCUACAAUCUUGAGCUGAUACCCCUAGUGCAGGUGUUUGGACAUCUAGAGUUUGUGCUAAAACAUGGACAAUUUUUUAACUUGAGAGAAGUGGCCGACUUUCCAAACAGCCUGAACCCUCUGGUUCCUGGUAGCUUAAAACUGGUUAAAGAAAUGCUAACUCAGGUCCUGAAGAAGCACCCGCAGGCACGAUGGUUUCAUAUUGGAGCUGAUGAGGUUUAUGGACUUGGUGAGAGUGCGGACUCGAAAAAGUGGAUGAAGCAAAAUAAUGGAAGCGUAGCAGCACUCUUCCUCAGCCAUGUGACAAAGGUCUGCCACAUCCUGGCUGAACUGAAGCCUGGAAUAAAGCCUAUAUUUUGGGAAGACAUGCUCAGGAAGAUCAGUGCCACCUUACUCAAAGAAUCCGGCUUGUCAAGUCUCGCAUCCCCUAUGAUAUGGAAAUAUAAUGCAAACAUGAAUUUGGUCCAGAUAGGAGAACUGCUAUCUAACUACCAACAGGCCGGAUUUCAGAAUGUGUGGUUUGCAAGUGCAUUUAAAGGAGCUUCAGGCAUUGACCAGAGAUGGACACCACUCAAUCACCACUUAGAGAAUCACCUAGCCUGGCUUAAAGUCAUGGCCUCCAUGUCUAAAUACCCCUCUAUAAAAUUAGAUGGCAUUGUUUUAACAGGCUGGCAAAGAUAUGAGCAUCACACAGUGCUAUGUGAACUGCUUCCUGUGGCCAUCCCAUCUCUGGCCAUUUGUCUAGAGACUCUAAAAUAUGGUUCAUUUAAUCGUACAGCUGAAACUGAGGUACAAAGACAUUUGGGCUGUAAAGUUGACCUAAAAGCUAAUAGCUGUCAAGGUAAUGGGUCAUUUGCAGGCUCUCAAGUUUAUUACAUGGUUCAAAAAAUCCACAAUGAACUUCGGAAAUCCACUGAAGAAAUGACUCAAAACUAUCACCUGAGAGGAUCAUUUGGUCCUUACCAGAGAAAAUACAACUUUGCCAAUCCGCGGAAUAUUGGAUAUUUUAAGGGUGUACUAAUCAAGUUGAUGAAUGAGUGGGAUCACUUUAUGGAGAUGUUCAGGAUGGAGAUGCUGGUCGUCUACUUCCCAGACACUGUGGAGGAGUGGAUGGAGGAGAACGUUAACCAAUACAUGGAUAAACUCCAUAGUCUGGCCAAAGACGUAGAACACAUUGUUAAACUUAAAGGACAACCAAAGAGCCUUAAAACUGUAUGAUAUUAUGAUGAUAUAUGAUGGAUGUUAAAAAUAUCUGACCCCCUUAGGAGGCUGAAAAAAAUAAGGGUAUUUUCUCCAUGUUGCUAAACUCCAUGUUGCUGUUACCAGGAAAAUGAUAUGGGAUUUAUAUUGAUAUGAUAUGAUAUGAUAUGAUAUAUGAUAUGAUAUGGGUGAAUAUUUGGUUGUGUGUAAUUGAUGUGAGGACCUUUUUUUCAUUAUGUUUCAUGUUUCAUUGAUGUAUUGCACUUAACAUUGCACUUUCUGUUUUGCAUUGUCUCUUUAAAAAAACUGGAAGAGAGUUUUAAAAGUAUAAUGGGGUUUCUAUGUUUUCACUGACUUUGUACAAUAAAUAUGAUAGGGGCUCA